AUGGUUCCAACUCUAUUUAUUGUAAUUUGUCUGUUGUUUAUUCGGGCGACCUCAGAGGCUUCGGAUACUUUGCUAACCAGGCUCCGACGGCAAGCAUCAAUUUGCAAUCCGGACCCGAAAAAUCCACCGGAAACGAUGCCGCAAUGCUUCUGCUGCAUUUGUGCCGAGAACACACCUUUUUGCCAGGCGCCCAUCACAAGAAUUACACCUAGGCCUACAUUCAAGACUACGAUCAAAACUACCUCAAAAGUAACGACGAAGCCUACGACUAGGGUUUCAACACUGAGGACAACUCUACGGCCUGUACCAUGCGUGGAUGUGAACAGCAACUGCCCAUCCUGGGUGUCGAACGGUUUCUGCACCAAUACAGCCUACUCCAUACAAGAACGUCAGCAGUACUGUGCGAGGAGCUGUAACUUGUGUGGCGCGCCGUUGGCCUCAGCUAGUUCAACUAAAAUACCAUGUGCGGACACAAAUACAAACUGCUCCACGUGGAUCAAAAACGGCUUUUGUACCUCAACAAGCUACACCGUGGCGCAACGUCAAAGCUACUGCGGGAAAAGUUGCAAACUGUGU